AUGACACUGUACUCAAUAUCGGGCUUUGCGAACAGGCUCUGCUCCGCAUUGCGGCAAACACAGUCCCGGGAGGAGGUGUACACCCCACCGGUUAAAACACCUCAUCGACUACCCGAAGUCGAUCUGGUGGAAGAUAUGAUCCACUUUACUUCCGGAUGCCAAGCCAUUCCGAGUGAACAGCUUUGGCAGAUGCAGAAAAAUCGUUUUCUCACAGUGUAUCGUCGUGAUUUUGAGACAGCGGCCAAACGAUUGGUCCAGUCCGAUCCACCACAUGAAAUGCGAGCACGUUCGACACGGAACGGAGUCAAACGUUAUCCGAAUCCGGAAGUGCCGAAGCAUACCCGGAGAGGCGAACCGGACACAAAAACAGCGAAGACGGACUUCGAGGAUAAGCGAGAUGAAACUGGAGGGGUUUACAUCAAAGUGCCGUUAACACGUUUUGGAUCCAGUGCGGCUUACAGAAAGAUUGCGGUGGGUGUGUGUAAGUUUCCACUCACUCCUAUGCGAUGA